AUAAAGUUUAUUGAAAUCCAAGAUGGCGGCGCCUACGGCGAAGUCGUGAUCCAGGGAAACAGGUUAUUUACAGCGUAUUUAAAAGCUGGGUAUCACACAUAUAACAUGGAUUAUUGGAGUUAUGUCAUUACGACCAUAAGGCUGACAUAAAGGACCUGGAGAUAAAACGGUGACAGAACCAUGCAGGCGUCAGUGAGAAGGCUGGCUCUGUAUGUUGGCCAGUGUGCCCAGAUCAGGGGUGCUCUCCUGAGCCCAGUACCCCGUCUCCUGUCCCCCAGCAACCGCACCCUGUUCAGUGAGACAGGAGUGUGGGAGAAGGACUAUCGAACAGAGACCCGACGCAGAGUGGAAGAAUGGUGGCACCCACGAAUUAUGGCACAGUGGCGGAAGGAGGCGAUGGAGGAAGGUUCCAACAAGAAGAAGUUUUAUGUCCUCUCCAUGUUUCCAUACCCGUCGGGGCGACUGCACAUGGGCCACGUGCGAGUGUACACCAUCAGUGACACUAUUGGCCACUUCCAGAGAAUGAGAGGCCAUCAGGUGUUGAAUCCGAUGGGUUGGGAUGCUUUUGGACUCCCAGCCGAAAAUGCAGCCAUUGAGAGAGGCCUCGACCCAGAGGAGUGGACUAAACGGAAUAUCCAGUCCAUGCGGGAGCAGCUGGACAGCCUCGGCCUUUGCUUCAACUGGGACCGGGAAGUGGCCACUUGUCUUCCAGACUACUACAGGUGGACACAGUAUCUGUUCAUCAAGCUCUUUGAAGCAGGACUGGCAUAUCAGAAAGAGGCUGUGGUGAACUGGGACCCUGUUGAUCAAACAGUGCUGGCUGAUGAGCAGGUGGAUGAAAAUGGUCGCUCCUGGAGGUCUGGUGCCCUGGUGGAGCAGAAACUACUCACACAAUGGUUCAUCAAGACUACAAACUAUGCCAAGCCACUCCUGGAUGCCCUGGCAGACCUUCCAGAGUGGUACGGGGUCAAAGCCAUGCAGGCAAACUGGAUUGGAGAGUGCACCGGCUGCUAUUUCGAUUUCAAACUCAAGGUGAACGGGGAGGACACGGGGGACACCCUGUCAGCCUACAGUUCUUCCCCAGAGACGGUGUUCGGAGCGGCUUACCUGGCCAUCCUUCCCUCCCACAGACUGCUGCAUGGUAGCAGCUCAGUCCGCUCUGUCCUGGAGAAAGCCUUUCAGCCGGGAAGAGACUCUUUGACAGAGGUCACCGCUCACAACCUGUUCACCGGCCACGAGGUUCCCCUGGUAAUCUCACACAAGGAGGCGUUUGAUGGCUAUCUGGAUACAGUGAUUGGUAUCCCAGACUGCAGUGAGGAGGAUCUGUCUGUGGCCAGAGCUCUGAACCUGAAGUGGACCACAGUGCUGAAAAGCGACAAAGAUGGGACACAAACUUUGAUGAACUCUGAUGAGUUCUCAGGCCUUAGCAGAGUGCAGGCAUUUGACUCCAUUACACAAAAGGCCAGAGAGCAGAAGGUCGGUGGCCACCUUACCAGCUCCAAGCUCAGGGACUGGUUGAUAUCAAGACAGCGGUACUGGGGCACACCCAUCCCAGUGGUGCACUGUGGCUCUUGUGGUCCAGUUGCUGUCCCUGAGGAGGAGUUACCAGUUAUAUUGCCAAAGCUGCCAUCUCUCACAGGAAAGGGUGCAUCGCCGCUGGAGGCAGCUCAUAACUGGGUCAGCUGCAAAUGUCCCAGAUGUAAGGGCCCAGCCAGAAGGGAGACUGACACCAUGGACACAUUUGUGGACUCAGCCUGGUAUUACUUUAGAUACACAGACCCUUGUAACCCAGAUAGGCCUUUUGAACGCCACCUAGCAGAUCACUGGCUGCCUGUGGAUGUGUACAUUGGAGGGAAGGAGCACGCUGUCAUGCACUUGUACUACGCUCGCUUCCUCUGUCACUUCUGUAAGGAUCAGGGUCUCGUCGCUCACAGGGAGCCUUUUCGGAAGCUGCUGGUCCAGGGUCUGAUCAAGGGCCAGACUUUCAAACUGGGAGACAGCGGCCAGUACCUAAAGAGAGAAGAAAUAGACUUCACAGCUAAGGAGCCGGUAGCGUGCAGUGGUGGUCGUAUAGAGGUGACGUGGGAGAAGAUGAGCAAGUCUAAACACAACGGUCUGGACCCCCAAGAGGUGGUGCAGCAGUACGGCGUGGAUACAGUUCGACUCUACAUCCUUUACGCCGCACCACCUGAACAGGACAUCCUCUGGAAUGUCAAGACGGACGCCCUCCCUGGCGUUUUACGGUGGCAGUCUCGGCUCUGGCAGCUGGUGACCAAGCUGAGGGGAGCUCGGCAGCUCGGAGAUAUCCCUAACCCCUCCUUGCUGAAAAAGAAAGAGCUGGCAGAGACCAAGAAGAUCUGGGAGAACAAAAACUACGCUAUUCAAGAGGUGACCUCUCACUUCACAGAGGACUUCCUUUUCAAUGCAGCCAUUUCUCGCCUGAUGGGCCUUACCAACACACUGAGUGGUGCAACAGCCAGGGUGGUGCAGCACAGUGUAGAGUUUGAGGAAGCUCUGGCUGCACUUACAUUGAUGACAGCACCCAUUGCCCCUCACCUGGCUUCUGAACUUUGGGCAGGCCUUUGCCAGGUGAAAAACACCCUUAGCCCCAUCCUCCAGCGGAAAGGAGACGUCCUGCAACAGUCCUGGCCCACUGUGGACCCAGAGUACCUGGAUGUCCCCGAUUUUGUGGAGCUGUCUGUACUGAUAAAUAACAAGGCCUGUGGGACAGUGACCGUGCCACUGCAGGUGUCCAAAGAUUCAGAGCGGGUGCAGCAGCUCAUCCUGGAGAGCCCGAUUGGACAGAAGCAUCUCGGCGAGCGCAGCAUCAAGAGAGCCAUCCUCUCCCCCAGGACCGCCCUUAUCAACUUCCUCGUUGACGAGUGAUGUUUGGGCGUUUGCCACUUGUUUUGUAACUGCUAGAUGGUUGUGAAGUCCUGUCAGUCAGUGAGUCAGCACAGAGAGACGGGGUGGACUUCUUAUGUCAUAAAUUAAAACAAAGCGAGUCAGUUUAAAUUAACUGUAAUAACUUCACUGUGAAUAUGUCUAAAUAUAUUUUAUUAUAUAUUUUCCUGUUUUUAAUAAAAGAUUCAAGAAGCA